AUGGAUACAAAAUGCUUACUAUGCAACAGAGAAGAGGAAACUAUUGCACAUUUGUUUUUUGAGUGCGAUUAUAGCCAAACCUGCCUACAAGAAAUGAAAAUGUUCCUGCAAUGGAACACACCAGCAAGAAACAUACAGCAGCUACUGCAAGCUUGUCAUAACACGAAAAAAUUCUCAGUAGCUAGGAAGAGUAUGGUGAAGUCUGUACUUGCAAGUUUGGUGUAUUAUGUGUGGAAAGCAAGAAAUGAGGUGUUAUGGAAUCACCAACAAUGGCUCAUCACCACCACGGUCAAGAAAGCUCAACACAUGAGUAAAUUUCGAAUCAAAGGGCUGAUUCCUAAGAAAGCUAAGGAUGAAGAUAAAACAUGGAUACUAAUGACUUGA